AUGGCUAUUCUUGUCCUCUUUUUUGGGUGUUUUGGCUUGGUUUUGAAAUCAACAACAAAUAAACGAUCGAUUCAUCGCACCGUAAAAAUAUGGUCAUUUUCGUUGCUAAGGAAAUCGGUGGAUAGAUAUGAAGGAGGGGACUUUGAAGCUGGAGGAUACAAUUGGAAACUAGUGCUCUACCCUAACAGAAACAAGGAGAGGAAAGUGGAAGGGCACAUCUCUCUCUAUUUAGAAUUGGCUGAAGAAAAACCAAUUAAGCAUGGCCAGAUUGAGAAGAAGUAUAUCUUUUAUAGGACGAUUGUUGGUGGUCCGGCUGGUUUCGAUCAUUUUAUUUCUCUUGAAGAAUUCACUGAUGCCUUCAACGGUUAUGUAAUUGACGACACUUGUGAAUUUGGCGCUGAGGUCUUUGUUUCUGAACAAGCAAGAACAGGGAAAGGAGAUUGUCAAAUCUCUAUGAUUGAAGAUGUGGCUAUGUUCAAGCAUACUUGGAUGAUUUCCAACUUUUCACAGUUGGGGGAUAAAUGUUGUGCCUCAAAACCGAUCGUUUCUGCAAACCACAAAUAUUGUGCAUGGUAA